GUUGUCGUUUUACGGUUACCGAUCUAGUGAAAAGAUUCCAGUGUUGACUAAUAGUUUCGAGCUUUUCGGAGAUUUUCAGUGCUAUCGCAGAACACGUGGAAUAAGACAACAUGUUGAAAUUUGUGUCCGCCAUCGCCAUUUUCGCCGCGACUGCCAAGGCCGGCCAUGUGGAACCAGUACAUUUUUCCAUCGUAUCUCAGCAUCCACAUGUCGGACAUGGUCACCAUGCUAUUCAUGCUGUUCCAGAGGUGCACUAUCCAGCCUUCGUAGCAGCUCAUGAUCUGAUUGAAAACCAUCAUGGAGCAGAGCUCGCUUACUCCGGACAUAGUGCCCUGUACGGUGGCCAAAAUCAUGGUCACUUGUACAACUCUGGUUACAAAGGAGAAUACGCCAAGGAUCACCAUGAUUACUACGCUUAUCCCAAAUAUAGCUUCGAGUAUGGUGUUAAUGAUCAUCAUACCGGAGAUCACAAGAAGCAGUGGGAAACCCGCGAUGGUGAUGUUGUCAAGGGUGGAUACAUGUUCAAGGAAGCCGAUGGAACUACUCGUAUCGUAGAAUAUACCGCUGAUGACCACAACGGAUUCAAUGCCAUCGUUAAGAAUGUUGGUCAUGCUCAUCACUCAGAGGCCCACGACAACCAUGGUUAUACCGGAAACUAUGCCGGAGCUUACUCCAGCGGUGAUUACUACGGCAAAGGUGCCACCAGCUACUCAAAAGUGUUGAAACACUAAAGUGUCUGAAAGAGAUGAGCGGCGGAAUUCCAAUAGCUCCGACAUGUUUGUUAAUGAUUAUGCGAUAAGUACUUGUUAGGUCGACGAAGUCGAAAAGUUUUAGUCAGUUUGUCUCUUUUCAUGGGUACAACUUUGUGCCUGUAUG